AUGAGCGUUGGUAAAAGGAAGUUCACACAACACAUCAUACCCAACCCUCAAACCUUUAAAUGCAAAGAUGGUUCGUCGGUUGGAAACAAUGAGCUCGCUGAGCAGAUGUGGUGUUCAUCUAUUUCUAUGCCAAUUGACUACGAGGAAUAUGUUACAAAAAAUAAGGCACUCAUUGUUAAUGACCCAUACCGGGAAACCGUACUUUUUCCUCAAGACGAUUUGAAGGUGGUCAAAAUUCCUCAUGUUCAUCGAACAUUCAGCAAUGUUGUUCCCGAGGCUGCACUAAAACAUGAUUUAUUUACUUCAAAUUCAUUGGCACGCCAUGCAGUAUCAUUUUUUGCUACAACUGAAUGGAUCUAUAUUCAACAAAUAUCUUCCAUUUAUCGCGGGAAUUUUCUCUCGCUUCCGUUUAAGAAUGAUAUUGAUGAGUUAGGCGGAAAAUUAUCCCAAUAUUGGUUCUCAAUUGAUCAUUCAUUAUCCAAUAAAGAUAGUCCCGAUCAUAUUUUAGAUUCCGAUCAUCUAUCAACUAAUACUGGCUCAAAAAUAAAAUCAGCUACAGGAUUUCAAGUUCGUAGUCGUCGGUCAGCUAUAAGUGGCCUAAUGAGAACUGGUCAAAGUGUUUCUGAAACAGCUACUUCUAGUUCAGAUAGUCGAUUUGUAGGAAAUUUUCAAUCUAGAGAUAAUUUAAAAUUGGAGAGAAUCAACUCAGAUACCAGUUUAAUAAAACAUGGCAGUAAAUCAAAGGAUAUAGGACAGACUGAUGAAGAAUCAAUCAAUGAUAUUACUAAAAAUUUGAGUUUUAGUGGGAAACAGUUUGAAAAUGGAAAGUUUUCAUCUACUACUUAUUUAGAAUGUCAACUUAUGUUAUGUAAUCGUGAAAAAUAUCAAGAAUAUAUUCGUAUCCUAGAAGGAUUAUUAUCAUCUGGUAUAGAUAAACAUGUUAAUAAAACAAAAUCAUUAUUUAAAAAUUAUGGAACAAAAUAUUAUUGUUUAAGACAAAUACAAAUAGAAGAGUUGUGUGAUAAUGAUAGACAAAAAACUUCCUUGGAUACUAUUGGAAGAAUACGAAAUUUAUCCGUUGGCCUACAUGUUAUAGCACCAUGUGAUUGGCGUGCAUCAAAAGUGUAUUCAUCAUCUUAUGAAAAUGAGAAUAUUAUAUAUUUAGAUACCAUUGAAUCAGCACGUUCAAUUGGUGAUUAUUGGAUUCGUUUAGAAAGAUUAUUACCAUCUUCGUCAUCAUCAUCAUUGUCACCGGUGCCAUCAUCUUCACCGACAUCAAAUUCUAUUCAAUCAUCAUCUAUUAAACAAUCCAAUGAAUUAACAACACCCAAUAGUUCACUAUUAAAUGAUGAAAUAUUUAUUUAUUUCGAUCCUGAAAUGAGUGAUGUAUUGGAGAAACGACAACUAUGGUUGAAUGCAAUAGAAUUAGCUUUAAAAUUGGAACAUUAUAGACGACGUAUAGGUUAUCAUCAUCAUCAUCAUCAUCAUCAUCAUCAUCAAUCAAAUACACAUUUUCACGAGAAUUCAGACUCCACUAGAAGUAAUAAACUAGAUUUAUUUAACAAAUCUAACAAUACAGACUCAGUACGCAGUGCUUUACAACGGUAUGCUCAAGAAACAGAAUUGUUUGUAAUACGUCAACGUCAAAAAGAUCGAAUCAAAUUAAUCACAUUGUUCCCAGAAGUUCGAAUACAUCAACAUAAAAUGAAAAUGUCCUAUUCAUCACAUGAAAAUAAUAGUAAUGUAAUCAUUAACAAUUUGAAAGAUUCACCAUUUUCACCAUUUCCUGAACGUACAAUUGAAUUAUGUAAUCGACGAUAUUUAGCAACAUGUUUAUGUUUAUAUUCAAAAAUUCAAGCUAAUUUAGAAAUAUCAGGGAAUUCGUUAUCUUCCCAUUUAGAGAAUCCAGAACCAUAUUUUGUUACUAUUUUUCUUGUGGAUAUCAAUGAUGGACAUCGUGUGAGUGAAGAUUUCUAUUGGAAUCCUAAUUCAUUAAUUAUUGAUUCAAUGUUACCAAUAGAUCAAUAUAAAAAUUUACCAUGGUUUUCAUCGAAUAAUCAAUCUUCUGAAAUAAAUCAUGAUCAUCAUGAUCCUAAUCAUGAUCAUCAUCAUUCAAUAUUUAAUCAAUCGAAUAUUAUUUCAUCAUCUCAUCGAACAACACGUAGACAUGCACCACCACCACCACCACCAAACAAUAAUCUUAUGUCUCCAUAUGGAACACAAUGUUCUAUUCCAUUAGAUUGUUUAUAUAAGUGUCGUACAGCAUUAUUUUCAAUUCCAUCAUGUUGUCAUGUUAAUAAUUUGUAUAUAGUUGUACGAGUGGAUAAAGUUCUUAAUGGACCUAUCAAUAUAGUAACAGAUAAAUAUUUGAAAUAUACUAAUACUACUAAUCAUAAUGAUAAUAUUAAAACUGGUACAAGUAUACAAAAAUCAAUGGUGAAUUAUUGUCGUAAUAUUGGUCGUUAUCGUAUGCCAUUUGCAUGGGGUGCAAGACCUAUAAACAGUACAAAUCGUUUUAUUCAUCUAUUCAAAAUGGAUUCGAAUAAGAUCUCUGAACAAGGAUUAAUUCAAUCUGUACAAAUGUUAUCCCAUUUAUUCAUUGAUUAUAAUACAUAUCAUGAUCGGUAUACAGAUGUAACAAACAUUAUAACUACUACUCCUACUCCUACUACUAAUAAUACUAAUAAUAGUAGUAUCAAUGAAUGUAAUCAUUAUCAUUUACCAGAAUCUAUAAAUCAUAUGUUAAAACUAGACUCGAAUAAAUUAAAAUCAUCCAAAUUGAUUCAUAAUAAUUCUAUAUUAAAAGAUGCUACAGCUUAUUUAACAGAACAAGAUCAACUGUUUAUUGAAACAGUUGAACGUUCUCUUAAAACUCAAAUGUUACCUUUACGAUUUGAAUUUGUGAUGAGUGAACUUAUUGAUCAUACUAUUGAUCCUAAUGCAAAACCUUUAUCACGUGUUAUUGCUUCAAAUCUGGAAACAUACACACCGAAUGUGACAGCUAAUCAUUCUUAUAAUUUCUAUAUACCAUCAACACAUCCACCGCUUAUGUCAGAUGAAACUAUCCGUGAAGUUGAAAAUCUAUUUGAUGUUUAUUCAACUCUAUCAGGAACAACUUCUAAUGAUGAUUAUGGAAUUAAUAAUCCAGAUGAUUCUAAUACUUCUUCUCGUACUGGAAGUCUUCAAAGAGGUAAUUAUCGAAUAAAUCGAGAUUCUAUUCUAUCAAAUAAUAGUAUCAAUAAUAUAACUAAUUCAUCAUUUAUUCAUACAAAUGAUAAUAACACUUUUCUAAAUCAAUUCAAUUCAUUGGAUCCAUCUAUUAGUCCAUAUGAAUAUGAAAUAAUAAAUACACCAUAUUCAAUUAAUAAAUUAUUACCAUAUACUACAUUUUUUAAUACAUUAUAUGUAUGUCCAAAAUCAUUGAAUAUGUCAGGGAAACAUAAUUUUCCAAGGGCUCGAAAUUUAUCAUGUUUCAUUGAAUUACGAAGUAAUGAUAAUUUGGAUAAUUCCACUGCGUUAAAGGUGUUUUACACUCGUCCAAGUAUUCGUCAACCAAUAUUUGAUUCAUGGUUUAAUACUGCUGUAAUAUAUCAUGAUAAUUAUCCAAAUUUUAGUGAACAAGCUAAAAUCUGUUUACCAUUAAAUUUAACUACAAAACAUCAUUUACUAUUUCGUUUUUAUCAUGUAAGCUGUGAAACAGCUUCAACAAAUCUAAUAACUUCUAAAGAGAAAUCUAAUAGUGGUAAUAAUAAUAGUAAUAAUAAAAAACCUGUUGAAUCAAAUACAGGCUAUUCAUGGAUUCCAAUACUUGGAACAGAUGGAAAUUUAAAUGUUGGUACAUUUCAACUUCGUAUUGCAUCAACUAUUCAUCCGGGUUAUUUACAACAAUCAACUAUACAAAAUUUUCGUCAUUCAAACUCUACAAAUCAUAAUCAUGAUAGUAAUCCCAUUGAUUUCACUUGGAUUGAUAAUGGAAAAUAUUUAUUUAAAGUUAAUCUAAAAUCUUUAUCAUCUAUCUAUACAUAUGAUUCAAUCUUAUCAAAAUUUUUUCGUGUUUGUAGUGAUCUAUUACCACAAAUGUUCUAUUUAUCAUCUAUAAAAACAAAUUAUACAGAUAAACAAAAGCAAAAUCAUGUUACAUUUCGUGAUGAUACUGUUGUAAUACAAUCUAAUAAUCUUGAUCUAUCAUCGUCAUCAUCAUCAUCAUCAUCAUCUUCUUCUUCAAAACGUAUCAGUAUUACAGGUGGUAAUAUAUCUAGUAACAGUAUCCUACAUAAUACAACAUCAAUUCAUUUACAUUUAUGUAAUGCUAUGAAGGCAUUAUUAUUGAUUAGUCCAACUGCAUUAGUACAAUUUCUACCAGUGAUUCUUAAUCAAUUUAUGGAGAUUAUUAUUCUUAGUGCUGAAGCAAGUGCAAGAUGUUUUCAACAACAGCAGCAUCAUCAUCAGCCAAUAGCUCAACUAUCAGAUUUAAUCAACAAAGAUCUUAAUAAUACUACUGAUACUUCGGAAUAUUUGUGGUUUAGAAGUUUAAAAAAUAAUUAUAAUAAUAAUAUAAUUAGUACAAAUACAACAAAUUAUACUACUACUACUACUAUUACUAGUAGUAAUAAUAGUACACCAGAUGAUGUAUUGAAAACAGGUAUUAGUACAUUAGCUAUGCUUGUUUCUGAAUUGAAUGCACAAAUUCCAAAUGAUAAUAUUUAUUAUCCAAUCAAAUCAACAAAUGAUGCAGCUUAUUCGGAUAGUGUAAUUGAUUCAAACAUACCAAAUGGUGAACGUGUAAAGCACAAUUUAUUGAAAACUUAUGUAGAGUUUGUAUUCAAUCCUGAUCAUUUAUUAACAACAUGUAUCAAUCAUUAUUUAAAUGAGAAUCAACCAUUCAUUAAUCAUCCAAGAAAAAAAGAAGAAGAAGGAAUACAACUCAAUGAAUUAAUACAUCAUAAAAGAUUAAAUCUUUCACCUCCAUCAUCAUCAUCAUCAUCACCUCCACCAUCAUCAUCCUCGCCAUCACCGUCAGCAACAACAACAACAACAACAAGAUCUAAUCAAUUAUCCAUAUCACAAUCAAUAAUUAAUCAAUAUUUUCCUUUAUCCUCAUUACAUCAUUCUAUUAUUCGUGGUUUAAUUCUUAUUUUAUCUGAUAUUCAUUGUCCAACUAAUAUAUUAAUACAUUUAUUUAAUAAUAUUUGGUUAUUAUUAACAUUAAUUAUUAAAUCAAUGACACAAUAUUUAUGUAUUAGUAAGAAAAUAUGGGCUGAACGAUCUGGUGAAACACGUUUUUCAUCAUUAUUCUGUGAAGAUUUAACUGUAUUUAUUCAAUUAAUUGGAUCACGUUUAUUAUCUACAUCUUUUGGUACUAUAAAAACUACAUCUAUAACCUAUAAUCCAUCUAAUAAAAUUGAUGAAUUAGAUACUACCAUUUAUAAUCAAGUGAUUACAUCAUUUCAUAAUGGAUCAUUUACAAAAAUGGAAUCAUUCAAUUCUUUAACAAAUUCACAAAUAAAUAAAUCUAUAAAUCAAUCAUUAACACGAAAAACUUCACCACGUUCUGAUAGUGUCAAAUCUAAUCCACAUCAUACCAAUCAUAUCAAUAAUAAUAGUAAUAAUAAUAAUAAUGUUAUUAAUUUUAAUGGAAUUGAUGUCAUUUCAGCUAUUGGACAAUUUUUAUGUGAUUUAUUUAAUUUAAUGGAUAGAGGUUAUGUUUUUAAACGUGUUCGGGAUUUAUUCAUGUUCCUUGAAAUAUCACCAAGAAUGUCCGCUGAUAAAAUUGAUCAAUUGAAUGAAUUACGAUUUGAAUUAUUACGUUGUAUUUGUGAACAUGAACAUUUCAUUCCAUUGAAUUUGCCCAUGUUAAAUAUAUCCGAUGGUUUAACUGAACAAUAUUCUGUUAGCAGACUAUAUACUGUAAAUAUUGAGCAUAGUCAAGAUAUUGGUCUUGAAUUAACAUUAACAGAUCAAUUUUGUCAACAACAUUUUCCCAUUGGAAUAUUAUUGAAUCAAUUAAGUUGUUUAUUAUUUGGUUGUAUAAAUACUGGAAGUUGGGCAAUCCUUAAAUCAAUAUCAAGUCAACAUUAUAAACAACCUAUUACAAUAUUACGUAAUCUAUUAAUUAAACAUACAAUUGAUCCUCGUUAUUGUAAUUCUAAAAUAAUUCAAGCUAGAAUUUGUACAUUAUAUCUUCCAUUAAUUCGUCUAGUAUUAGAUCAUUGGGAUUCAUUUGGACCACCAGGUGGUGCUUUACAAACAGCUGUUAUUGCAGCUGCAGUACGUCGAGAUUAUGAAGAAUCUUUACAAUUAACUGAUGGUCAUAGUAAUUCUAGUACAUUGAAUACAACAUCACAUCGACAACAUUCUAUUGAUAAAUCAAAUAAAUUAAAUAAAUCUAAUAUAUCAAGUAAUAUAACAAAUCAUAUUCACAGUAUAUCACAUUAUCGACCACAAAGUAUGCUUAGUGAUUAUUCAUUAGAAACAAUUAAUAAUAAUAAUCAUUCACGGCAACAACAACAACAACAACAACAGAACACAAUGAAUUCUGAUAAUGGAUCAUAUGAUUCCUAUUUAUCUAUAACUAGUAGUAAUCAUUCAUUUUCACAAACUGGUAGUCAUGAUAGAAAAUCUUCUCUUUCAAGUGAUCAAAGUGAUAGUCAAUCAAUAAAUAGUGGUUCUGCAACUGGUGCUUCUACUACUAUGACUACUAAUACUGCUUAUUUAACUAAAGAUGGUAAAGUACAAAAGCAUAUAUUAGAUCAAAUUGCUGGAAUUAAUCAAGGUGGUGCUUUACAACGUGUACAAAGAAUACGUCAACAGGACAUUUCAUCUAUACCAUCACCAUCAACAACAAUUAUCACGUCGUCCAUUGAAUCUAAUGUACCAUCGAUAAUAUCUAAUCCAUGUCCACGUUCUCAUUCAAUUCAUUCUGUGGAUAGUGUACAAAGUGGAAAUUAUGUAUUAUCAAGUCAUACAAGUAGUAGUACAUUGACAUUAACUAGUCCUGAUGUAGAUAAUCAUAAUAAUAAAGAUCCUAUUAAUGGUUUAAAUGGAAGUAAUCAUAUUGAUGAGAAUGAUGACAUUCAUAAUUUAACAAAUGAUUACAAGAAUAAUGAAAUCAAACAGAAUCACAAUGAACUAAAUAAUGAACAAGAUUGGGCAAAACAAGUUCUUACAUUAGCUGGUAUUUAUACAGAUCGUAUUAAUAAUGUAAAUUCAAUGAGUUCACAAUCUGUUAUAUCAAAUCCUUCUCAUGGAAUUCCAUUAGAAAUGAAUGUAUCAGAGAUGGAAAAUACCGACAGUAUUCAUCAACCAUCUCAUGAUCAUCAUCAUCAUACUAUACGUAAUAAUCUUCAAAGAAUAUUUAUGCCUGAAUUAUUAUUAUUAUCAUCAACUAAUCAACUUAUUAUACGUCCACAUAUUCAUCGUCGUCCAUAUGAAUUAAAUAAUAUAGAUGGACCACGUCGUUUAACAGAUCAUUGUCAACGUGAUUUAUAUAUAUGUAUAUUACAUAUUAUGUCAACUAUAACAAUAGUACAUUUAAAAUGUUUAUUUCAUAGUUUUACUAUACAAGAUAGAUUACAUUUUUUAAAUUUAUUAAAAUUUUCUAUACAACAUCUACGUUAUCGUGGUAAACAUUGCAUUCAACAAUAUGAACACAUAAGUCACAGUAGUGUUGGACGAACUGGUGGUACUGGUCAUCUUCUUCAUAUUAGCAAUGCACUAGCUAGUAAUGCUGCUUCUCGUAAAAAGAGUAAACAUUUACAAAGUGAUCUGUUAACUAAAAAUGUUAAUGAAUUAACCCCUGAAGAAGGACAUGAUAAUAUACCAAAAAUGAAAGUUUUAUUAAAAGCAAAUUUGGCAACUGAAUCAAGUUUGAUUAUCUUAGAUUUGUUAAGUACAUUUACAACAGUUUUUAAAUCAGAAUUGAAUACAUGUAAACCAAAUGAUCCAGUAUUUUGUUCAUUAAUUGAAACUUAUAUUUGUAUUUUAUCAAAUAAUCCAUCGGAUUAUGUAAUACGUCAUACAUUCUCUGCAUUACGUGUAUUUAUUCAUCAAAAUUCACAGACACUUUUCUCUGAAUCAACCAAUAUUCUAAGUAUGCUUUGUUUAGCUGGUUUAAGAUGUUCUAAUCAAUGUUUUCUUUCAUUAUCAUCGGUUAUCUCUUCUUCAUCAUUAUCAGUUUCAUCAAUAUCAUCGCCGCCACCACCACCACCACCACCACCACCACCGACACCGCCACCACCAAUAACAACAACCACCUCAUGUCUUGUCACUAAUUCAACAGAUUCCAAUACCAAUAUUUCAAUGGAUAAAAGUUCACAAAUAUCAUUUGAUACAACAGCAUAUAUUAAAUAUAAACAUCCAGUAUUACCUAAAUUGAAAAAUAUUGAAAUUAAUGAUACAAAUCAGUUAAUAUCAAAUACUAACCAUUUUAAUCAUAGUAAUGAUUAUGAUAAUAAUAAUAAUAAUAAUAAUAAUAGUAAUAUGAAUAAUCAAUCAUUAAUAAGUAGACUUUGUCUAGAUGCAUGCGGUUUCUUAUAUCGUUUAUGGAAGUGUAGUUUUGAAACAUAUCAACAAGUUGGAUUUCAUCGUGUACAUUUACAGACAAUUAUUGCUAUAUCAAAACUUGUAAGUGAACUAAGUCCUGGUUUUGAAGCAAGUUUAAGUCUUUUGCAUAGUUUAGCUCAAACUGAUAUGCAAAGAAUUUCAGAAUCAAUGUCGACAAUGUCAAUAACUACAACAGGAACAACAACAUCGUCAUCAUCAUCAAAUGCAUCUGGGAAAUUGUUUUGGACUGAUUCAAAUAUUCGUUUAUUCUUAGAUGAUAUUGACGAUUUAAUUCAUCGUAUAUUAACUGUAUUAACUGCUACUGCUGAAAUGCGUCGACAUUGUGAUGAUCCUGAACGUAUAGUUGACUUACAAUAUGCAUUAGCUAAAUCAUACAGUAGUAAUCCAGCAUUAAGACGGACAUGGUUAGAAGAAUUAGUUAAAUUACAUAUGAAUUCAAGAAGUUACACAGAAUUAGCUAUGACUAAAUUACAUAUUGCUGCAUUAAUGGCGGAAUAUUUAAAAUGUAAAGGUAUUUUAGAUUGUGAAUUUCCUCAAGGAUGUAAUGCAUUUAAAACAAUUUCAUCAAAUAUUGAUAUAGAAGAAAAUGGAUUAAAAACAAAUUCUACAAUAUUAGAAAUUUCUUAUACACAAGAGAAUUUAUUAACCGAUUUAAAUGAAGCUGCAUUAGCUUUAGAAUCAGCUGGAUUAUAUGAAUGUAUUCAACCAGUAUAUAAUUUAAUUAUACCAGUAUAUGAAUCUAAAUGUCAAUAUAAUAAUUUAGCUCAAAUUUAUCAUCAUAUUGGUCGAACUUAUGAAGCAAUCAAUCGAAUUGAAUCUUAUGGACAUCGAUUAUUUGCAGCAUAUUAUCGUGUUACAUUUCAUGGUCAAUUAUUUGAAUCAAUGGCUGGUAAAUCAUUUAUUUAUCGUUCAAAUCCAUGUCAAAAAUUAAAUGAAAAAUGUAAUGAAUUAUUACAAUUAUAUCGUCAUAAAUAUGGUGAACAAUCCAUUGAAUUAAUAACAGAUAAUUUUAUUAAUCGAUCAAUAUUAGAUCCAAUGAAAGCAUAUGUUCAAAUUACUUAUGUUGAACCAUAUAAAGAAAUAAAAGAAUCUGAUAAAAAACCAUUAAAAUCUUAUGAAAAACAUCAUGAUAUAAGACAAUUUAUGUUUGAAUCACCAUUUCUAAGACAAUCAGGUUUAUCUACAGAAGAAUGUCUAUUAGCAUCAGGUCCAAAACAAAGUGACGAUUUAACUAUUCAAUGGAAACGUCGUACAAUAUUAACUACUGAAGCAACAUUUCCACAUAUACGUCGUCGACUUGAAAUUAUACAAGUAACAGAGAUUGAUUUCACUCCAAUUGAUUCAGCAAUAGAUGCUAUUCAAUGUAAAAAUCAAGAAUUAAUGAACCAUGUAAUAACUCUAUGUAAUAAUCUAUCCAUUUGUCAUCAUUCAGCUAAUCCAACAUUGAAUGAAGAUAAACAUGUCUCUAUCAAUAGGAUUAGUUUACAUUCACCUAUUCUAAUAACAAAUCCUUCUUCAAAUAUUCCGAAUCUCAUAACAACAACAACAAGAACAACAACCACUACUACUACUACUACUACCAAUCAUACUACUAAUACUAUAAAUAAUAGUAGUAUUAAUGAAAAUAAUUCAAAAAUAUCUUCUUAUAAAAUACCAUUAUUAAUGGAUAUGCAAUUACAAGGUGCAUUAUUACCUACAGUGAAUGCUGGUCCAAUGGCUUAUGCUCAAGCAUUUUUAAAAGUGGAAAAUCAAUCAUUAUAUCCUAUCAAUAAAGUGAAUCGAUUGAAAGAGUUAUUUUUUGAUUUCUUAUCAACAUGUCUGGUACUUCUUACUUAUUAUUAUAAUCUAAUGUCCAAUGUACAUGAAGCAAAAUAUCGUGCUAUGCGUGAUGCAUUAGAUCGUUAUCGAGUUGAUUUAAGUAAUUUAUUAAAAGAAGAAAUUAUUAUUAAUGAAAAAGAAUUAAGAAUUGGACCGAAAUCAUCAUCAUCCUCCUCCUGUUCAUCAUCCUCUUCAUCGUCGUCGUCAUCAUCAUCAUCAACAACAACAACAACAACAACAACAACGUUGUCUUCCUCUUCAAUGAAUCAAAUUCAUUGAAUGAACAUCCAUUUUAAAUUAGUAACUUAUGAUAAACUCUAUUACUUUUUCUUUCUUCUCGUCAUCUCUCUUUCAUGUUUAUCAUAUGAAUAGUAUAUUUGUAUAUAUAAUCAUGGAGUCAUUGUUCCAUUAGCAUUUUCUACAGGAUAAGGUUACCAAUCCACAUGCCAUCCUCCUCCUCCUCCUCAAUAACCUUUCUUCUUUUAAUCGAAAUUUGGAAUCGAUAAUAAUUUGAGGAGAAGAAGAAGAACUACAGAUGUACUGACAUUGUAUUCAUCAAUCAUCUGUAUUACAUUCUUAUCAAUAUAAAUUGAAUAGAAAAAAAAAAAGUAAACAUUCCAAUUAUUAUUCACAUAUCGUUGUAGUAUGUGUUUACACACAGAUGAGAUAUACUACUACUGAUAUCUAUCAAUAUAUAUAAAAAAGUAGUAUAUAAUACCAAAUAGAAAUGAACAGACAGCUUGUUUCAUUUUGGAUAUUAUGUUGUUUUUGACGAUAUAAAUGAUAGAAGAAGUCCUUCCUUUUUUUUUAUUUGUUUUUUUUUUUGAAUGCUAUACUGAAUAACUCUAUUGUUUUUGGAAGGCAAAUUAUAUAUUAUGUAACUUGGAUUAAAUGUAUUUAUCAUUAUUGAUUAUAGAUGAUGAGUAUUGAUUAAAAUGCAUUUCUAUGUCAGUUCUAUUUGAUCCCUUCUUUCUUCUUAUGAUUAUGAUCAAUGAUAAUAUUGUACACUAUUUAUUUUCUAUUUCAAAUUGAUAAUUAUUUUGUAAAAUAAUGACAUAAUAUAGUAAUGAUUAUACUCUGUA